GUUCGUCUCUGCAUCGUCGUCACUGUUCCGCUUGACAUCGAAAAUUCGAUUUGCUUUGCAAAGCCCAGCCGUUCGACAACAUGAAGAUUUCGCUGUCCGUCUUGAUCCUCGCAAUGGCGUGUGCCGUCUCUGCUCAAUUGGCUCCUAGUUGGUAUUAUAUGAAUCACGCAAGACUCCCGUUCUACCCGGCACGAUCGGUCGCCCAGCAGCCGAGCGAUGUCCGAAGCGAUUGGUUGCCAUUCCCCGACCGUGAAUCCGAAUCGCUGAUGGUAAGCAACGUCGGUCAAACUUUGAAUUUCCGAAGACUAUCUUCAAGAAUCGAAACGUUAGAAGAGACGGUCGAAGGUUUAAACAGGAGAUUGAGAGACACUUUGGCUCAAUUGGAAUCGAGCACAAGCCGUUUGGAAAAGAAUAUGCAAAACUUGGCCACAAAAGCCGAAACGAACGUCAUGAAAUCCCUUUCCACGACGAAAAUGGAAGACUUCAAAGGAGAAUUGGGUAACAUGAGAGCAGACUUCGCAAAACAGUUUGACGCAAACAAGAAGGACUUGAUUGACACCAAAUCCAAACUGGACUACCUAAGCGGCGAAAUCGUUAACACCAACAUCAAACUCGACCGCGCCAAAACCGAGAUCAUGAACACUAAGCCCGAUUUGAAAGAAAAGCUCGAUACUACCAAGAAAGAAUUGAUCGAUACUAAAACGGCCCUCGAAGGCAUGAAAAUCGAACUGACAAACACCAACGCCAAACUAGACAACGUAGUUACAGAAAUGGUCAACAACAAGCCGGAAUUCAACUCGAAAUUGGACGCAACCAAGAAAGAGUUGAUCGACACCAAGACCAAGAUAGAGGCACUCAAAAUGGAGCUGACUACCACUCACGCUAAACUUGAAGGCGUUCGAAUGGAAGUCACCAAUACCAAAAUGGAUUUGGCCGCAAAGUUGGACGCAAGCAAGAAGGAUUUCAUUGACACCAAGACCAAACUAGAAGAUGUCAACGCCGAAUUGGCCAACACGAACAGCAAAUUCGAUCGCGUUCGUCAGGAAGUGACCAACGGCCUAGUGGAUUUGACAGUCAAAUUGGACGCCACCAGGAAGGAUUUCAUCGACAUCAGAUCCAAAAUCUAGAUGAGCGGAGAUGAACAAGGGCAUGUAAGGGUUACAUUUUGGGGCUGCCGCUUUAACUUCAAAUGCAUUUAUUGCUCUAUUUAAGCUUUUGUUUCUCGUAUAUUUA